AUGGCUAACCUCACGUACUCCCACCCCCGCAACUACGGCAAGGACUCGCGCCACUGCCGCGUGUGCAAGACCACCCGUGGUCUGAUCCGCAAGUACCACCUGAACAUGUGCCGUCGCUGCUUCCGCGAGCGCGCCACGGACAUUGGCUUCGUCAAGGUAAAUUCAGAUCCUGAACAGCUCACUCCCUAG